AUGGUAAUGGGUCUGCCGUCCAGUGUUUUGAUUGUGGGAGGUGGUGUCUUCGGACUCUCCACUGCACUCUCUCUAAGCAAGCGGUAUCCCGAAUGCCGAAUCACAUUAGUGGAAGCAGCGUCCACGAUCCCCAACCCGCACGGCUCGUCCGUCGACACAUCCCGCAUCGUGCGCGCAGAUUACGCCAAUGCCGCCUACGCGAAGCUCGCGGCCACCGCUAUAGAGCGCUGGCGUGGUACCGAUUGGGGUCGCGAGGGCAGGUAUACGCAGGCGGGUCUGCUUCUCGUGUACCCAGAGUCCAGCGCCAGCGCCAAGGAAUAUGCGCGGAAGAGCUACGAGAACGUGCGGGAUAUCGAGGGCGACAAGGUGGUAUUCCUGCCGACAAAGCGCGAUAUUCUAGGCGUUGUGCCGUCGUAUGGUGAGACGCUGGAUGUCGCGGGAGGCUAUGUGAACUGGGGCUCUGGGUGGUCUGAUGCGGAGGCCAGCGUGAAAUAUGCGAAAGAGUGUUUGGACCGAGAUGGGAAGGUUGUGUUCCGGACUGGAGAGGUUGAACGGGUGAUCUUUGAGGAUCGGGGCGCAAAGCCUCGAGCUACAGGAGUUUCCUUGAAGGACGGAUCGAGGAUCGAGGCGGAUUUGGUGGUGCUUGCUACGGGGGCGUGGACGCCCAGGCUGGUGGAUUUGCGGGGGAAGGCUGUUGCUACAGGACAGGCAAUUGCAUAUAUCAAGAUUUCGGAUGAGGAGCAGAAGGAGCUAGAGAACCUGCCUACAAUUUUGAACUUUGCUACUGGCAUCUUUAUUAUCCCGCCGCGUGGUAACUUGCUCAAGAUUGCUCGCCAUGCAUUUGGGUAUAGGAACCCGACGACAGUGCCAGUGCCUGGUGUCGCGCAGACAGGCGAGACUAUGCAGGUUAGUCUGCCAGAGACUGAUGUGCCAGUGCCCUUGGAGGGCGAGGAGGCUUUCCGUGCUGCGUUGAGGCAGCUGCUGCCACGGUUUGUUGACCGGCCAUUUGCUGGGACUCGGAUUUGUUGGUACACCGACACUCCUAACGGAGACUUCAUUAUCUCCUAUCAUCCAUCGUACGAGGGUUUAUUUAUGGCUACUGGGGGCAGUGGCCAUGGUUAUAAAUUUUUCCCCGUCCUCGGCGACAAAAUUGUGGAUGCGAUGGAAGGCACACUUGACCCUGAAUUACGUGCGCUGUGGGAAUGGACAGAAGCGACAGUACCAGGUCCUGAUGCCAGUGAUCUCUUCUAUGGUGAUGGAAGCCGUUCGGGGGAGCGAAACUCGAACCUGAAGGACGAGUUGGCCAAGACACGAAAGAGUACAAGAGGAAGUGCUCUGUGA